UCCCACUUCCCGGCAUGCUUUGGGUUCUCCAAAUGGGAGGGGGAGACGCAAGAUGGCGGCAGCCGCGAACUCAGGCUCUAGUCUCCCGCUGUUUGACUGCCCGACUUGGGCAGGUAAACCCCCACCUGGUUUACAUCUGGAUGUAGUCAAAGGAGACAAGUUAAUUGAGAAACUGAUCAUUGAUGAAAAGAAGUAUUACCUGUUUGGGAGAAACCCUGAUCUAUGUGAUUUUACCAUUGAUCACCAGUCUUGCUCUCGAGUCCAUGCUGCCUUGGUCUACCACAAGCAUCUGAAGAGAGUUUUCCUAAUAGAUCUCAACAGUACACACGGCACAUUCUUGGGUCACAUUCGAUUGGAACCUCACAAGCCACAGCAGAUCCCCAUCGACUCCACAGUCUCAUUUGGUGCUUCUACCCGGGCAUACACUCUUCGUGAGAAGCCUCAGACAUUGCCAUCAGCUGUGAAAGGAGAUGAGAAGAUGGGUGGAGAGGAUGAUGAACUCAAGGGCCUACUGGGCCUCCCAGAAGAGGAGACUGAGCUUGAUAACUUGACAGAGUUCAACACAGCCCAUAACAAACGGAUUUCCACUCUCACCAUUGAGGAAGGGAAUUUGGACAUCCAGAGACCAAAGCGGAAACGGAAGAACUCUAGGGUAACGUUCAGUGAAGAUGAUGAGAUCAUCAAUCCAGAGGACGUGGAUCCUUCUGUUGGCAGAUUCAGAAACAUGGUACAGACUGCAGUGGUCCCAGUGAAGAAGAAACGUGUCGAGGGCCCUGGCUCCCUCAGUUUGGAGGAGUCAGUAAGCAGGCGCAUGCAGAACUUUCCAUUCAGCGGAGGAUUGUAUGGGGGUCUGCCCCCUACCCACAGUGAGGCAGGCUCUCAGUCCCAUGGCAUCCAUGGGACUGCGCUCAUUGGCGGCCUGCCCAUGCCCUACCCAAACCUUGCUCCUGAGGUGGACUUGACCCCUGUGGUGCCAUCAGCAGUGAAUAUGAACCCUGCACCAAACCCUGCGGUCUACAAUCCUGAAGCUGUAAACGAGCCCAAGAAGAAGAAAUAUGCAAAGGAAGCUUGGCCUGGCAAGAAGCCCACACCCUCCUUAUUGAUUUGAUAUUUUUGGUCCUGGGGUGGGGUGGAAACUGGGUGGAAGGGUGGUUUGGGGGGCUAAUGAACUGAGGAAAAAAAAACUUUCCAUGUGUGCAGUAUCGUCUUUCAGAAUGUCUCUUGGUGUCCUAACCAUGUAAUUUUAAGACUGGGGCUGGGGCUGGGGUUGAAAUAUCCCGUUAAAGAUCUGUCUUCAGAACACUUUCUAUGUAUAGAAAUUAUUUCAUGCAUCCUUUGAGCUAAACUGCCUAGCCACCUUUUCUCUAGUCCCUUUGACCUCCCUUUUAGGAUCAUUUUUUUUAUUUGAAGUUAUAUAUAUACGUAUAUCAUUUGUAAUGAACACCAGGCCUUCGUCUCCAAAAAUUCAAGAUGAGUUGGAUGGCUGUAUGGCAGGAAAGCUGCUGGUGUUCCUGAUGAUGUAGGUCAUGUGACCUGAUUUGUAUUUGCUGUACUUGAAAUACCCACAUAGUUUUGAUUUUAAUGAAUUUCCCCUGUGACAGUAGGGGGUCUCAUGGAUUAUAGACUGGUCAGAAGAGAGUUCUAAAGUUCUUCAUGGGAACCUUAUUUAGGUUUAAACUUAAAGCUUUUCCCCGAGUCAACAAGUUAAGGUCCUAGUUAGGCCUUUUCCUUUCUGUCCUUGCUGUUGGGAUGAGAAUGGUUAGAUACAGGUCUGUAGUUUGGGGUUACAAUGUGGUUUUAAUUUUACCUGUAUUUUCUUAUAAAACAUCAGCACUCCAUUUGCAAAUGUUUCUUAUUUGAUUCCACGGUACUGUUUUCUCAAGGCUUUAUUUCUCCUCUCAAAAUAUGUUACAAGGAUGAUUUUUUUUAAAAGGUUAUGGCCAAUUUGAGGGUAGUUUAAAUUGAACAUUGAAUGAUUUUGUUUGGCAAGUGGCUGACCGUCUCUUGCGAAGAGGAUGACUUUAUGGCUAGAUUCAGCAGCCUUCCCCUCCCUGUGAAUGUGAGUCUUUGGUAGCUCAGAGCUUGACCUACACACACAGGAGGCAAAGGUAGGAACAUCAAUGUGAGCAUUGGACAGAGGUUUGUACAUUUGUGAAAUAGACUUUUUUCCACACUUUCUGUGUAGCUUUUUACCUGUAACCUUGACUACAUUGUAAAUUAAACGCGACUUUUUGCCAUUUGGGCUGGGUUAAUGUUUCAGUCCCCAUCACCUGCUCCCCCAUGGUUAGGAAGUGUUUCCCAUCCCAGGAUGUACUGAUCUGUUCCCAUUUUGGUGCUGCAAAUGAAGAUUCCUGAUGAAGGUGGAAAUUCUUAUUAGCUAUGUAGGUCCCCCAGCUGGAGCUGAAGGAUGUAAAAUAGGUUAACAUGUACUGACCUUCAUCAUGGAGAGAAAGCUGCUGCAGCCCUGCCCACCAAGGGUGUAUGCUUGGUGUGAGAAUGGUUUGUACAAAGCUGUCCCCCCACCCCUUGAGCAGCACCCCCACCUCCUGGGACCAAUUAGGCACGUUUUUGAGGCAGUGUGGUGGUGGAAACAAACUGAAGCCAAAGGUUAAGAUAGUGGAGUUUUGCCAUUCAAUAAAGGUAAUAGGUUUUUAAUUAAGCUUGUAUCUCUUACUAUUCUAGGAUCUAAUUUUAGUAUGGAAUAAAUUGGAUAGAAUAGAGAGGAAUGAACCAUUGAGGGGAGUGGGGAAAGUCUCAGCACUUGGCCACCUUUAUAGUAAUUGAUCUAGAGGAUGGACUUAUUUUCCCCCCAAAGAGCCAUUAAUAAGAACCUCCUCCUGGACCCUGAGGAGAAUGGUCUUACACCGACCCCCCUCGGUCCAAUCAGCUGAACAGGCUAGAUUUACUGGACCCCAUUAUCAGUUUGCUGAUGGAAAAGUGCCUUCAAGUCAGGUUAUUUGGGGUCAGGAGCAGACUCCAGCACGAAUACAUUCUGAAUGCUGUGAUGCCUGUGAUUUUGGGCUCCCAUAGUCGGCAGGGAUAACAUUCCCUUUUAAUUACAAGAGAUUCUGUUGUUAACAGCAACCCAGAAUAUACUGCGCUCUGCAUGUGGGGCAUCAACCACAGGAUUGGGGGACUGGUUUGGUUUUUUGUUUCCAUUUUUUGGUUUGGUUUUUCUAUUUCCAUUUUUUAACUCUAGAUACUGCACCAGGGGCCAGGGGCAUCUUGACUGCCCCUAGCAUUCCUUCUCCAGCUUCCUGAGUGCUUCUAUAAGAUGCCUCCAGCCUGAAAUGAAAAGCAGUUUCUGGUAGAUGAUUGAAGUUCUCUGAAGAUCUGAUUUCCUCCAAGUCUCCUAGCUGUCUCAUAGCCUCAGACAGCUUGCUUUUCCCUUGAAUUGAAGGGAAAGCAGCUAGAAGAACCCAGAGUCUACCACUUGGGUGUCCAAAACAUUUUCCCCCUAAAAAGUGCCUCUGAUUUGUUGAUACCAUGUCAGUUUCCUCAUUUCACAGUCACAGGACAAAUAACCUGAGGUCAGGACAAUAUUUUGCCAUUCAUGGGUGCGAGUGUGUGUGUGUUUGUCUGGUAUAUGCACAUGAUUGAUCUACAGCAGUUUUUUAAAAUCUAUGGGAUAUAUGUAUACAGAGCCUCAAAAAUGUGUUUGGGUGAUGAUAGAUUUUCUUGUCCAGGUAAUUAUUAAAAGAAUUAUGAGUUCUGGGCAAGUGGUUUUUUUUUGUUGUUGUUGUUGCAUGUGUGUUGUAUUCAAAGCAGAAAUUUUGGGACUUUCUGUAUUUUGUUCCUCUCUGAUGAGGUGGGCACUGUCCAGCAAAGCCUCCUGGCCUAUACCUUGAUGGUAAUAAAACUGUUGUGAGAGAUGCA